CUCUACCACUCUCAAACAUGGCGGCGUCAGCUAAGAAGAAUAAGAAGAAGGGAAAGACCCUGACCCUGAAUGACUUCCUUGCGAAUGAUAGCAGUAGCAAUGCACCCCCCAGUUACCCCACUUCAAAGGCCACCAGCUGGGCAGAUGAAACUGAUGACUUGGAUGGAGAUGUUUCGACCUCCUGGCAUACUGUGGAGGAUGCAUAUCGAGCUCCUCCUGUUGACCGCUCUAUACUGCCAACUGCACCCCGUGCAGCACGGGAGCCAAACAUCGACCGCUCUCGGUUACCACGUGGCCCACCAUACACCGCCUUCCUUGGUAACCUACCGUACGAUGUCAGCGAGGAUUCUAUCAAAGACUUCUUCAGGGGACUUGCGAUCAGCGCUGUGCGUUUGCCAAGGGAGCCCAGUAACCCAGAAAGGCUUAAGGGCUUUGGUUAUGCUGAAUUUGACAAUGUUGAAUCAUUCUUUAGUGCGCUCAGUCUAAAUGAAGAGAAUCUAGGAAACAGGCGCAUCCGGGUGGAUAUUGCAGACCAAUCCAAUGACAAAGAGAGGGAUAAUGGACAAAUGUCAGGGAGGGACAGGGAUCGUGGUCGUAUGAUGGACAGUGGCCCUGAUAAGACUGAUUCUGAUUGGAGGGCACGGCCGAGUGGGGAACAGGAUGACGGCCCACGUAGAGAUGAGGGUUUUGGGGACAGGUCACGUGAUCGCUAUGAAUCCGAUCGAUUCAGAGAUGCUCCUAGGCGUGAUGAUCGGUAUGAUAGUGGUCGAGAUCGAUUUGGUGGUAGAGAUCGUUAUGAUGACAGAGGUGGCAGAGACUACGAUCGUGGAGGUUUUGAUUCACGUGGUGGAGCACGACGAGGAUUCGGUACUGGCUUCAGACGUGACUUUGAUGACCGAAGAGAUGGAGAUCGCUUUGGAGACCGGGAAGACCGUCCUGACAGGAGGGAUGACGGACGAGAAGAGAGAGGCCCUCCCCAGAGACCCAAGCUAAACUUGAAGCCACGGAGCAUCCCAAAAGAGGAAGAACAGAGUGGAAGCGUGUCUCCCCACAGCAGCACUGCAAAUCCCAGCAGGGCUUCCUCUAUAUUUGGGGCAGCCAAACCUGUGGACACGGCCGCCAAGGAGCGAGAGGUGGAGGAGAGGCUGAAGAAAGAACAAGAACGACUGCAACGGCAGUUGGAGGAGGAAAAGAACAGGGCCUCGGAGAGACGGCCACGUGACCGAGACCCGAGUUGGAGGACUGAGGAGCCACCUAAAGAGCGAGAACGCACAGGAAGUGAAACCUCAAAUCCUAAAGGAUCUAGGUGUAGAGAUGGUGAACAUUCAGAGAAUGAAGUCUUCAGUGGCCAGGAGGAUGAGUCAGUCUUUCCCACAUCUCCAUCACCUUCUGAUCAGGGAGGUCUCCCACUAAAAGUAAUGCCAGCCCCUCCCCCUAAAGAAAAUGCCUGGGCCAAACGCAGUUCAGAAGGUGGCACUAAUGAGAAGGAUGUACCACCUUCAGUUUCCCCUAGCACCAAAAGUGCCCCCAAACUCAGCAGAGCAACAAAGGAGAGAGUAUCAGGCAAAGAUGAAAACCGGGUUGAUGGGGUUCGAAGGGAUAAAAGUUUACCUCAGGGAAGAGGAGUAGUAGCCGGGAGAGGAGGGGGGAGGGGUCGAGGAGUUGAGGGCUCAUAUAGAGACAAACGAAGAGAACCUGCAGACAGCACGGAGGGCAGAAUGGAGAGAGAGCCCAGGAUAGGCCAAGAACCAAAGAAAUAUGAAGAGUUUGCUCCUCCUCAAUUCAGUUCGGCCAGUAAGUAUGCAGCCCUACUGGUGGAUGGAGACCAGAGAGAAGAUGAAGAUGGAGAGUAAUAAACUAAUCAGUUACCUCAAGAAAAAUAGAACGUGUGAGCAAUUGAAUGAUCAAAUGAAGGCUUAAAUUGGCUAAAAUUAUUAUCCCCUUUCAUACUGAGGGAAUGGCAAAGUGUAAGGUGGUCUUGGCAAGGGUACCCGCAAUGCUGUUCUGUAUCAUGUUGUUUAUGGAGAUUUAUAAAAGUAUUUCCAAAACAGGCCCAUUUUCAUUCAAAUAAAUAAGUGCAGUGAGUAGAUGCAUCUAUACAUCUAGUAAUUUGAAAAUCAUUGUUAAUUUCAAAGUCAUUGUUAUAAAUAAAAGGUAUGCGAUAUACUGUUU